GGAAGCUUGAUCUUACCAACAUCCUCUCUUACUGUUUGAAGUGACGCUGUAACAACGGUCAAGUCUUGUAUUUCAUCAGUUGGGGUCUAUGUCUUACACGCAGUCACUGAUCGGCCCAAGAUAUCACUGGCCUGUGUCUGACCUGGCCGUGCCGCACAAACAUCUCCUCCCUCCCUCAAUGACCCAUCGGAGAGAAUGUAUUCCCCGUUAGCGUUUCCCAGUGUCCGAGUCACACCUCAAACGUGGGCCUAGCAGGCGGAUACAGCGCCAAGACACCAUUAUUCCCGUUGGUAUCCCGCCUUUUGACCCUCACCCAGCCCUUGAUAAUCCCGGGUUUACGCACCGGAUACAACACGGUCGUUGUUCCUGUCCUGUUCUUAUUGUAAUCAUAAUCCGCCCUUGUGUCUCCCAUCCAUUCUGCUCUUCUUCUCUCACCGCUGUGUGUCUGGUGAAAUAUUCGGAUGUCGUUGGACUAUCGCUGCUGUAUAAUCUGUCUGUUUCUGGAUAUUGAACAUCACGAACUAUCGAUAUGAAGGAAUCAGAUACGAUUCAGACCGCGGGUGCUUCCUUUCAGAAUCAUGACGAUCUCGAGAUUGGGCCCAGCACCCUCCCGCCUUCAUCAGCACAACCGAAUCUUGGUAGUGAAGACCCUAUAUCCUAUCUAUAUUUAACACUCAACACUCCCCUACCAUCACCACCCUUAUCAGACUCAAAUGUUGUACAGAAUCUCCCACCAUGCCCAGAUCUUCGAUCCUACGCUUCACCCUUCACGUUGCCGCGAGCACGCAAAAACAUCUUCCUCGCGCUCUCGUGCAUCGCGACCAUGCUGACUGCAUAUACUGCUGGUACUUACUCGCCGCCCUCGAGAGCAAUGGCUAGAGAUAUCGGAGCAAGUCAUACAGCCACACUCGUCGGAAUCACGACUUUCUGUGCGGGUUUCGCUAUUGCACCAAUGGCACUCGCCCCCAUUUCUGAGAUCUGGGGUAGACGUCCUGUUUUUAUCCUCGCUGGUUUUGUGUUCGUCAUCUCACAAGCUGUCUGCUCUGUUAUGCCUAACUUGGCUGGCAUGUUGAUCGCUCGCUUCUUUGUUGGUGUCGGCGGCUCUGUCUUUAGUUCAGUCGUCGGCGGUGUCAUUGCUGAUUUGUGGGAGAAGGAGGAAAGGAAUACCCCGAUGGCUCUUUUCAGUGGUUUCGUCCUCUUUGGAACUGGCCUUGGACCUUUGGUGUCUGCUGCUUUCGUCAACGACCUUGAGGACGAUACGAUGGCUUGGAAAUGGUCGUUUUGGCACCAGGUGAUUCUUGAUGGACUGCUGCUGGUUGCCAUCUUGAUCUUGUUCAAAGAGACGCGAGGCUCGGUUCUGCUGUCACGCAAAGCUAAGAAGUUGAAUCAGUGGUAUCAGCAGCUUGAGGAUGCAGGUGUCUAUGGAGUUUGGGUGACUGAGCCUCGAGAAGAUACCUGCAGCUCGUCAUCUUCAAGCGUCAAGACCAUGCCAAGACACGAAACGAUGCUCGAGUACAACAGACAAACACAAUUACGAAGAAUACGAUGGCUCGUUGAGGCAGACGAACAACGACCCCCUCUUCGACAAAUGAUGGCUACCUCCGUCAUGCGACCCUUUUACCUCUUGUUCACGGAGCCAGUUGUCUUUUCGUUUUCUCUCUGGGCUGCUUUCUCCUGGGCCGUCCUCUACCUCUCCUUCUCCAUCGUACCGUAUCUCUAUUCCGACAACUACAACAUGUCAAUGCGCAUCUAUGUUGCAAUGAUGGCGUCUGCUAUCAUCGCCACCGUAGUGGGCAUUCUUCAAGAGAACCUGAUGAAACAUCCGCUCUGGAGCGGACACGUUGAUGAGAAGGAGGUUUCCCGUUUCUGGCGAUUUAUAAGGAAGCAUUUCCCUGCUGAUUCUCCCGAGGCACGGCUAUACUUUUCCUGUCUCACUGCCCUCUUACUCCCGGCUGGUUUAUUCGUUGCGUUCUUGAGUCCCAUUAGCACGAGUCACUAUACACAAGCUAUUGGUAUUGGCUUCGCAAACUGGGGCAUUUACUCUGUCUACCUUGCCACGUUCAACUACCUUGCUGAUACAUAUCACAUGUACGCCUCUUCAGCCCUUGCCGCACAGAGUUUCUGUCGCAAUGUGCUUGGUGGCAUAUUCCCUGUGUUGACCGGCAUCAUGUUUGACAAUCUUGGUUUGAGAAACGCAGGUUGUGUGUUGGGUGGUAUCGCUUCAGUUCUGACCCUUAUUCCAUGGGUUCUGGUGCUCUUCGGAAGCAGAAUUCGGGCCAGAAGCAAGUUUGCGAUCUCUCUACAAAAGCAGUGAGGAUAUUUGUCCAUGAAAAGGCGGAGUCUAGUUAGAGUUCUUUUGUUUCUCUAGAUGGCACGAAGAGUUGUGAUUGUAUGACCUGAUGAAUCUAUACGGCCUAUCGUAAUCAUCGUUGAAUAUAUCGUACACAUCAUCUGUUCUCCAUUUUUCAGCCACAUGCCGCGUCAAUACGUCGUAGCAGCGUCUCUGCUCAACACUCUCUUCUUCUUCUUGAGCUUCCCCUUGCCGUAAUUGCUCUUGAACCACGCAAUCGUCCUCUUGUCCAACGAAUCGCCCUUCGAAUCCUCCUUUCGUAGAUCCUCACAUGUCCGCUCCGACAAGCUAGUCGCACUUCUCGCAUGAGUGUUCCUCAGCUUCUGCAAAUCGCCCACAAUGGCGGGGAGGAGCAAAUCUCCGCUUGCGUCGAUCUGGGGCGGAGGAAGUUGUACGCAGCCCUCCCAGAUGCGCAAAGAGCUGGGGAUGUCAUUGGUAGCGGAGACUUCGUGCUCGUCGAGCGAAAGAUUUCCAUCCCCAGUAUCGACGUAGGACUUCUGGCCAACUAGUUUAGGCCAUAUCGUCGAUGGCGCAACACGGUAUGCGUAUCUCUUCGUGAUAUUGCUGUUAUUCGAGAAUAACGUCCCCAUGAAUCGCGCUGUGUACUUCUCGCUGAACCCGCACAUGCGGACCGAACCGAUGCGACCCUUGAGAUGCAGGACAUUGUUGCAGAAAAGGAGGUACGAGUCGGGACAAUACUCUUCCACGGGUGCUACAGUUGGGUAGGUUGGGUUGAUGGCAUCGGGUGAGUUUAGACUUCGUAGGCCUCCAGCAUCUUCGUCAAAGUUGAAUCGUCGAGGUGUUGUCGCUGUUGGACUGUACGGCUCCGGUGUCUUGGCGCUUCGCGAUGCUGAUCGUGACGCCGAGCGUGAACCUGGUCGACUACUGAUGGCGCGAGGCGGCGAGACGAUUGCUAUUUGGGGCCGUCUUCCGUGGAAACGUCGACAGAGGAGGACCAGACUCUUCAUGGGACACGAUUCCUUUCGCGUCAUUUGUGCAUUGAUGAAAUCUUGGAGCAGUUUCUCGAUCUGCUCCACGUUUGGCGACAAUUCUACAGCCCCGGGCUCGGAGCCGCAGCCCAAAUGCGUCAUGUCGAGUUCGAUGACGAUGUUGUUUGCGUACAUGCCGUAGUUGUUAAGCCAUGUUGUUGCAAGUGGGCUCACUCUCGGUCCAGUGAAUGGCGACAAGACGGCGUGUAGUUUUGUAUUCUGCAGAAAGGCGACAAGAACGUCCGCGCGAAAUGCGAAAGAUACUUCAAAGUAGAAGGAGAGUUGAAGUAAUGUUGAUGAAGGUGACUCAAAGUCUUGUUUGCGCCAAACAUCACGGCUAAGUGCAUGUUUGUUCAAACGCAGGGGCUUGUCGCAGGGCGGGAGUAGAUAGCGACAGAUCCGGUACCGCACAGAAUCAGGCAGUCGGAAAUACCCAGAACUUGGUUUCUUUCUCGCAUUGUUCUCAUAGAAAGAAUUAAGCACCUUUUCGAAACUCCCUUUCUCAAAAGCGCCGUGAUACACAGCAUCAAGCGUCCGAUCCCAAGCCGGGAGUCCUUGACGAUGUGCACUCUGCGAUACACCCAGCCCGGGAAACACAGUAGAACUAGGCGUAGGAGGCUGCGAGCGGUUCCUCCAAGAUGAAGGAUUAGACACACUUCUUGUGCGCGCUUUCGCACUGCCUUGAAAGGGCAUUAUGAAGUCAGCCGAGUUGUUGUGUUUAUGAUGCAGAGGUAAAGACUGGAGAC